AAAUGAUGAAAACUGUGCCACUGCUAGUGUGCAUUUGUGCACUCAGUGCUUGCUUCACACUCAGUGAAGGACAACAUCUGCGAUGGAAAAUAUAUCACAAAAAAAAUAAUAACCCUGGAUUUAUUUCAUACCAUCAACCACCAUUUCAUCCCAAAUUCCGAUCUCACUUGAUACAACUAAUUCAAAAGCAGGCCCUUUUUCAUCAAUACAAACGCCAAAAACCUUCAAACUCAAAGAGGAGAAAAUUCAUACUCCCAAAAUAUCCCUGGAUACCUAAGUGUUCAGUUGAAAAUGAUAUGGCAGUCAACAAGAAUACCUUAAAGUCUACCACCCAAAUCCCACAUCUACUUCUACCAAAAUUAGAAGUGGGAAGUAGUCCCACAUCUAUUUCUGCCAAAAUUGCUCCCUCUCCAGUUGAGACUCCUCUUGUUCAGAAUGUUAGCACUGUAUCUGCAGGAGAAAGUGAUGUCGCCACAGACUCUUCUGCAGCUGCACCACAACCUUCCUCAGUUCCACCGGAGACCACAGCUUCCCCAAAUACCACUCUUAAAUUUUCAGCAACCACCCUUGAACCUGAAACUUCCAAAACUACAGCUGCAUCCACAACCCAAACUAGGAUUCCAGUCACUAUUCAAAUUACUACACUUGAACAAACAACUUCACCUUCUGUCCAAAAGGCAAUUUUUCGUUUCUGGGAAUAUACUUAUAAGAUAGCAAAGCACAUUUCUGAUAUUAUAAAUGGCACAUAGUACAUCACACAUUGUGAAGUGUUCUGUCAUUAGAUAUGAUUUAUGAGUGCAGAACUACCACCUUUGCUUUUACCACUAAUCUCAAAGUGAAAUUAUAAUAUUUCUUAAAUUUAAAGCACUAUCACUAAUCUUUGAAUGUAUUUACCUCAAAUGACCUAAUAACAACAAAAACCACCUCUAGCCCACAAAUCAAUCACAUGACCAGGACUUAAGAUCAAUUUGUAGAACCUACAGAGAUAACCCUGUAGGGUGGGGGUGGAAGGCCAUUAGAUAUAAAGAGAAAAUUAUACUGAUUGGCAAUCAUUUACUUUUUCCUAAAUUUUGGAAAUGAUAAGGUAACUAUAAUGUAUCCCCCAAUCAAAAACCCACCUAAAUUAUCUAAUCCCACAAAUAGAAAGGGGGAAAAUUAGGUCUCCUAAAUGAACAAAGACAUCUAAUUUUCUAUAGAUAGACCUGUCAUUGUAUUACUGAUUAAUGACAAAAACCCUUUAAACCUUUAAACCAUCAUCUUAAAACUCAAAAUAAAAUUCCAUUCCACAAAAUGUGAACCAAGAACAGGGAAAAUUUAUUUGAAGUGAAGAUUUGGAGUGAAAAAAAUGGGCAGCCAAGCACAAACUACAA